GGAUUUUCUUUAUCUGUUUCCUCCAGGAGAGAGCUGUCUCUUCGUUAAUGAUGCUAUCCAGUAAGAAAUCUGACCCCGGUUCCUCAUCUUCGUCUGCCUCCUCUGUGCCAGGAGAUGGAGCCCAGGACCUGCAGCUCCAGUCCCAGCCUGGGGCCCUGAGUUCUGUCGCAGGCUCCUCUGAGAUUGGGGUGGACCGCACCCCCAGGAAGAAGGAGCGGGCCUCCCCGAGUGGGGACCCCGGUGGGUCUCCGAUGCCACACUCCGCUGCCGGGAGCAUGGAUGGAGGAGCCGCUGACACGGCAGAGGGGCGCAGGACCAGCCGCCGCAAGCGACCAAAACUUGCAGAAGUUCCAGGGAAUCUAAGGGGAGGUUCCAGGAGAACACAGAUAAAACGGACCUUG